AUGGAGCAGAUCCUGCUGUCCAGCCCUGGGGGGCAUGCAGACUGGGAAUUGGAGCAGAAGCCGUCUUUGGGAUUUCUUGUUUUAGAUCCUGAUAAAGUUGCCACUUUGCCUAAGGGGGGCAAAGAAAGUCUGGAGACUGAGCCUUCCUCUUCCUCCUCCUUCUCUUCCUCCACCUGUGUCUCCCUUCCCUGCGGGGCUAGCCCGCAGGGUGUCAGUGAGGAGCCAUCUCUCCUCUCACGACAUGAGGAGAGCAGCCUCAGUCAGGUGUCACAAGGCAGAGAAACGCUGUCAUCUGAAACUGAGGACAAAGGUUUAUUCUUGGAGCCGGUGAGGGAUUCGCUCACAGUGAGUAACGCUAUCCUGGAAGGGUCAUCUGAGAACCACCUGAGCAGCCCCUCCCACACCUGCAGCUCCACUGGCUACAGCCACACGCCGGAUGUUCAGAAAGGAUCCGGACUCGUACGGAAUGGAGCCGGCGCCGACACCAAAGGCAGCCUCGGUGUUGAAGAUCACUCCCUGCACACGUCUGAAGAGGGGCGCUUGAGCUCGCGUGCGGAUGAUCCUGAGGAGAACGGUUGCGUGGACGAUACUGAGCAGAACGUUUGUGUGGACGCUCUGACCCUUAGUUUGUCUUUGAAGCAGUGCUGUGAAGGCCACCCCUCUCGCCCCGGGCCCCGACGUCAGUCGACGGAACCCGAAGCCGCCGCGUCCUGCCCUGAUGGAGACUCCACACCCCAGCACGAUCUCCUCAGCAGCCUGGGCUUGGAUGGGGGUAUCUCAGUAGACUUCAUGGAAGAAAAGGUUCAUCUGGGCUCAACUCGACAAGGAGGACUCAAAGAGCUGAUUGGCCGUCGCAGCCUGACUGCUGAUGCAAUGCACGAUAAGGAAACGCUCAAUCCAAAACCCCCCGAGAGCGGCCUGCAGGAUGCUGGUCCUGGUCCUGGUCCGGAGCUGAAUGGAAGGAGUGGAGAGGCAGAGCUUGACCUGGAUAUAGUCUAUCACAGUCGGGAUGGCCCUGACGACCUGGCCCAGGAGUUGGGUGAUUUGUCUUUGGGCAAUUUGUGGACGGCCGCAGAGACGACGGAAGGGCUCUCUCUAUCAGAGGUCGGGGCGUCUAAUUCGCUGCCAAUGGGGGGCAGCGUUUCAGAAGCGGAUGACCUGUCUUCUUUGAGGGCUGUGUUUAAUGCCCUGGACCAGGACAGUGAUGGGUUUGUGCGCAUUGAGGAGUUUCUGCAGUUUGCCACAGCCUAUGGAGCUGAACAGGUUAAGGACCUGACAGGAUUCCUGGAUCCCAGCGGUUUGGGGGUGAUCAGCUUUGAAGACUUCUACAGAGGCAUUGCAGCUAUCGGCAAUGGCGGCUCUGACCCCCAGCUCUGCGAUGUGGGCUUUAACCUCAGGGAUGAAGCGGGGGUCCCUGAGGAGUACGACGACUACGUCACUUUUGAGCAGAACGAGGUGACCGAUAGCGCCUAUCUGGGCUCAGAGAGCACCUACAGCGAGUGCGAGACCUUCACCGAUGAAGACACGGGCGCGCUGGUGCACCCGGAGCUGCACGAGGAGGUGGAGACGGACAGCGCCAUCGACACCGCGCUGCACGACCCCGAGGAGACCGGGAGCAGGCUGUCGCUGGGCUCUGACCUCAACAGUCACUCCCUAGUGACGGUGAUUGGAGGGGAGGAGGAGCACUUUGAGGACUUCGGGGAGAACCACACCUUGGACCUGCUCCUGGAGAGUCCCGGAGGCCCGGUGGGGGAGGGCAGCCCCAGCCAGGUCCUCUGCUCCUCCCUGCUGCUCUCUCCCAGCUCCAGCAAGAGACUUUCCAGUAAAAAGGUGGCAAGACACCUGCUCCAGAGCAGCAAUCUGACCAUCGACAGCAUGGAUGACCUGUCCCGGGACAUCCUGGACCUGGCUGACACCGACAUCACCGAUAAGGUGAUGUUCCUGGAGAAACGGGUGUCGGAGCUGGAGACGGACUCCGAGGCCAACGGGGAGCAGCACACGCGCCUCCGGCAGGAGAAUCUGCAGCUGGUGCACCGGGCCAACGCUCUGGAGGAGCAGCUGAAGGAGCAGGAGGCGCGUGCGGACGAGGCCCUCCACCUGGAGGUGCGCAGGCAUAAGGAGGCCCUGUGCAAGCUGGAGCGAGAGAGGGGCAUGGAGGUGGAGAACCUGCAGAGCAGACUCCAGCAGCUGGAUGAGGAGAACAGUGAGCUGCGUUCCUGUGUGCCCUGUCUGCGCGCCAACAUCGAGCGGCUGGAGGAGGAGAAGAGGAAGCUGCAGGAUAGCGUGGAGGACGUGACGGAGAGGCUGAACGAAGAGCUGGAAUCUCGCAGGAAGAUGAGCGACAAGCUGACACACGAGCGGCAUAAGAACCAGAAGGAGAAGGAGUGCACGCAGGAGCUGAUCGAGGACCUGCGUAAACAGCUGGAGCACCUGCAGCUCUACAAGCUGGAGGUGGAGGCUAAGACCGGGCGCUCCCCCAGCGCGGGACUGCAGGAGUACCAGAACCGCACGCGGGAGGCUGAGCUGGAGCAGGAGAUCCGCAGGCUGAAGCAGGACAACCGCAGCCUGAAAGAGCAGAACGAUGAGCUCAACGGGCAGAUCAUCAACCUCAGCAUCCAGGGUGCCAAGAACCUGUUCGCCACCUCCUUCUCCGAGUCGCUGGCCGCAGAGAUCAGCUCUGUGUCUCGAGACGAGUUAAUGGAAGCCAUCCAUAAGCAAGAAGAGAUUAACUACAGGUUGCAGGACUACAUCGACCGCAUCAUCGUCGCCAUUAUGGAAUCGAACCCCUCCAUCCUGGAGGUGAAGUAACGAGCCCCUACUCAACCCCCUCGCCCCCGCCGCACCUCGGACACUGGGGGCUGGACCCAACGCGCGCCUGAAUCUUAACGGGAAGAGGGAGAAACAGUCUUUCUACACACUCUGAAGAUGAACUAGAAGAUGUCUGCUUUGUGCCUGAGUGUUGCUGCUGUCUCUAUGCAGUUUCACAGGGCUUGGCUUCCUGGAAACACUGCUCCCCUGUGUGUGUUUUUGAUUAGUUGCGUGUUUUGACUUUUGGUUCCUGUGACUUCCCCGCAUACGGGAUGGAGGGGCCUGGUGUUCCUCUCUCUCUAUCACUAUGUGUUACUAUUUAUAUGUACAUGUGCGCCUGUGCUUUUCGCUGACGACCCUCAGGCGUGGAAGGCGCUCAGUCACUAUAAGCACUACACUGUAUGCCCUGUAAGUCAUAGUCGGUCGUUGCAGUUUAAUGGCGAACAGCCUGCGUUCUUCACGUGUGCCCGUUCCAUGUGCUAAGGGUCCACGUGUGUCCUCACUGCUACUGGGGUUCACUCUCUUCAUUCUGUUAAUGACCAGGGUAACUUCACAACGGAAGUGAAGGUUUACGGGGAUGAACAGAUACCCGUUACUCCUACCUUUCGAGUAUACUAAAGUUAACAGGCGUCGCUUGCUGUAACAUAUCAUAUCGGCAAGCUAAAACCGUUCGUUCUGUAUGUGCAGGUUCUGCCUUGUUUAUAGACCGCAGUCUGCAUGCUGCGGGUUCUGUAAAAGGGUGUCUUUUGUUGCCGUGUCCUUCAGAGGUUUUAAACAGAGCUAUUUAAAAACGUAUGAAGCGCGAGCUGAAGCCCGCCAGAAAGCAGCCGUUUUAAGUGAAACCUGUUUAAACGGGGAGAAUGAUCUCAACGAGCUGCCUUUCGUACUCAGGCUCUCCGUGCUGAAUGUAGUUAAUCGUGUUCGGUUUGUUCCUUCCUGCGAGUUUCACUCCUCCCGGUUUGUUUUUUUUUUGCUUUUGUUUUCUGUGAGAGGUUGUUAUGUAUCCACAUGAGUCCGGCAGACCCAAGUGAGGGGCGGUUUGAGGAGGGGAACAGGAGGUGCCCUGAGGGUCGGUUUGUCCUGUUUCUCAAGGACUCCCGUUUGCUGUGUGUGCGUCUGCGUGCCGUGUGUGUGUCUGCGAGCGGGAUGCACUCUGUCCCAAAUCUGUUAUUUUACAGCAGAGCAAGCCCGUUGUGUUGGACGAACAGAGGUGGAGUAAUGUCUUUGCGCUCACUCCUCCUGUUCCCACUACUCAGUAGCAUAGAAGAGGGAGGAUUGCCAGCAAACGGUGGAGUCGUUUCUUCUCCAAAAUGUAUCACUGACUGUGGAAGGCUAAGAAGAAUGUAUUUUUCAGUGUCCAUUCUCUUGGAAAAUCUUCCUUUGGAAAAUCUGGCUUCAAUUUGUAUCUUUCCGUAGACUUGCUCACAGCGUGUAUGUGGCUCAGUAAAUGCUAAUAUGGUAGGACUUGACAGCUUUGAGGGAUAUGAAAGGCUUUUACUAACUGAUGCUAUAAAAGACUGAAACUAUUCUGCUGACCUCUGGAACAUGAAGCAAGCGAGGAUCAGGUCGGAAAAACACCCCAGAGACUAAGCGCUUCACAGCCCACCAUCAUUCAUAUCCUAUUUAACGAGGCCUUAGAACUCACCCUGUCAGCGAAAAGCCACACAAUCGCCCUUCUACCUAUUUAACAAAGUGAAAUUAUGCAUUUUAACCCCGAGCUGAGAGAAUAGAGACAUACUGAGGCAUUUCUGGGACAAAUAAUAUGGUCAGUCCUUGGUUUUGAUCCACAAUAUCUCCCUAUAUUUGAGUUACGCGCAAAUGCCAUUUUCUUACUGGCUUUUUCCCAAGCAUAGUUUCAAAACUACAAUCAACAUGAUUAGCAAUGAUUGCACAGCCAUUGUAGUCUUAACUGUACAUUAGUAAUAAUGUAGGUAUAUUGGUCUCUGUGGUGGAGGUCAUCCUAGGGAUGCAUUCAGAGUAGUGAUUUAAUCAGUCAACAAAGGAGUUCAUUUGUGGGGUCUAAAAAUGGAAUGCUUUGACACAGGAAAAAGGGUAAAUUUCUCAAGAAUGUGGAUAUUUGUAAGCAAUGUGUAGUACUCUGAAGGAGAUUUACGACGCAAUCCAUGAAUGUGGUUAAAAUCUGGACAGAAGAAACAAGAAGGAAGAGCAGACCUCCUCACUAGGUCUUUUUGCAACCCCUGUGGAUUAAUUUACAUGUCGGAGAGCUGCAAGACAACUUGCUUCUUUUAUUUUUUGCAUAUUGCUCGUGAUUCACGCACCAUGUCUGGACAUUUUAUGACUAUCUGUAUAUCUGGAUGUAUAUUAGUGUUGAUAUUUAGCCGUAGCCCUGAAGAUAAAGAGUGCUAUGGGGUUUGCCCCGUUGGACUGAGAUGUGCCAUGUGGCACAUUGACAUAUCACAGUAUGAGGACACAUCUUCAAUCCUGCACCUACAGUAGGCACUCGAUACUACAUUUUAUCCUUUAAUCAAUGCGAAAUAAAAUGGCCUUGGAUGUAAAUUACUGUACAUGUAAACAAGUUUUUUCUAAUCUGUAGAUCUAGCUAUUUUUUUAUUGUAAGAAGGAAGAAUGACUUUAGUUUUCUGGGAAUUUUCCCUUUCCCAUUGGAAUGUCACUGUGUCCCUCCCAUUGUUUAUUUGAAUGUGAAUAGAUGUGAUAUCCAGGAAAACAUCUUGUUUUCUUUCUCCCAAACCCAUCCCCUUGCAUCUAUGUAAAAAGCAUCUUGACGGGGAUGGGAUUAUCUGUAAAUAUAUUAGCGUUUCCGGAUUCUGAAGGGAACUGAAUUCAUAAGUGACGACCCAUUGGAAAUGCUUUUUGUGCAAAUAUAUGAGUUGGCAGGUUAUUCCACCACAAUGUCUUACUUGAGGGAUGCUGGUGGAAUGGCAAAGUACACUGUGGUCACAGGUGUAAUUAGACUUUACAUUAGUUGCAGUGAAGACCAGGUCAGUCUUCAAAUACUUUUUACUCUUCUGUGCUCUUUGAUGUUCUGUAACUGCUCACCAUAAUGUCUUCUGAAUUGAAAUCCAGGAUUUACACAAUGUUUGUCUUUAACCAAUUUCAUUUGCUCCUAUUUGUGGGUGAGGCUGCACUGAGAGACUGGACAACCUAAUUACAUAAUAAUAUAUAUUGUGCAAUGUGCAUAUUGUCAAGACAUAUUGGAACAUAAUGCAUGGAGACAUAGGACUAGAAAAGGAUAUUGCAUCUCAAAAUGACCACUAUCUCUUUAAGAAGGGUUUAGCUACAGUAUAUUGGAAUAAGCUACAAUAAAUCAUUCAUAUUCAAUUGGAAAUAGAAUACAUUUUUAAUAAAUAGCUGGAGAAACCAGUAGCAUAUUUUCUGUACAAGGAGAGGAGCAUUACAGAAUUGUGUACUUGUAUUUCCAAAGCAUUAUGCACUUUAAUCAUCCUUAUGAAGUUCAUUGAAAACCUGCUCUCACUUUGCCAAAGAAUGAUUCAACUUUUGCACAAUGAAUCAAUUUGGGUUAACACUGAUAGUUUAUAUUGCAAGUGACUAACAGGAAGUGGUCUGUAAAAAUGCUUUCCUGGGCUAUAUCCUGAGUAUUUUGGUUUUAAUAUCUUUAUAUUGUCUCCUAACAUACAGCUUAUGAGCAUAGUUGCUGUAUGUCUUUGUGGAAGUGGUGUCACACCCACAUAUACUACCUUCACAAAUUCACUCCAGCCAAAAACACUCAUUUGCUCCAGUGUUGGUUCGCUGGUCCAGUGCUCUCUCAGAUAUGCCUCAUGCUACUUUGAAAAUGACUGUGAGCAAUGUUGAUAUGUUUUCAGUUUAAAUAGCUAUAUAAUGAAAUUAAAUGUAUAUAUGAAUCAUUUUCUGUCUGUAGGACAAAGCCUUUUCUUCACAGCCUAGCUUCCAACACUCCAAAGAACGUCUCCGAGGUGGAAAUAUCACAGCAAAGAGUUGCAGUAAUGACUUGCCUGUAAAAACAUGAAAAUAUGAAGAAAUAAAAACGAGUCAUUCACAAUAUGACAAAUAAUUGUAUUAUAAACUGAAGUGGGAGAUAUUGUUUAAAUUAAAUGAUCAGUAUUGUUUACUGCUGUAUGUUACUGUAUCUUUUGAAGAAAUCCUAAAAGAUGUAGGCCUAAUCAUCGUUUGGAGAAUUAUAGGUUUUCCAAUUCACUGUAAAAGGUGAGAAAAACAUAAAGAAUAUCAACCUAUUGAAAUCACA